AUGCUCGUCAACAACAUGUGGACUGUCCUCUCGAUGUCGAGUCUGCUAUUCUCGGCCACUCCGGCCAUGGCCACAUACAUCGACCGUCUAGUUCCCCGCAACAGUAUGACCCUCGUGGGCUGUUACAGCAGUAAGGAGGGUCUCUCGGAUCAAGUCUCGUACACCUUCCAGAGUUCCGGUUGGUGUUUUGAUCGCUGCAAUGGCAAGAAAGCCGCCGUGUUCGCCCUCACGUCCGGCACGGAUUGUCUGUGUGGUAACGAAUUACCUCCCUCAUCAUCCAAGGUGGACAGCUCCAAGUGUAACACCGCCUGUGCUGGCUGGCCCCAAGACAUGUGUGGCGGAUCGGAUUAUUACUCUCUCUACACAACGGGACUGGAGAGCGAUGUACCUGCGGUCUCGGCCACAACUGCCAGCGGCAGUACUAGUACAAGCGGCAGUGGCAGCAACAGUGGCAACGGCAAAGGCAGCGGGAGCGGCGCCGAAACCAACACAAAUCCCGCUCAAUCAGCAACUUCGAACCCCAACUCCGGCGGCAACAGUGCACCCUCGGUUGUCACCGAUGCCGUUGGCCACACGACCACCUAUACCUCGUACGCUGAACAGACGACGACCGACAUCUCUGGCGCAAUCAAGAGCAGCCACAACACCGCGGCGAUCGCAGCCGGUGUUGUAGUUGGUAUUGUUGGACUGGCAGCCCUGGCUGGUGCCGCCUUCUUUUUCUACCGCUCCAAGAAACAGAAUGCCGAGGGCGGAUUCCGUGGUACAGCCGGAGGCUACGGUCGUGAUUCACAGCCGCCGUCCAUGACAGACUCCCGCUUCGAUGGCGAUUACAUGGCCACGCGCCGCCAGAGCAAUGGAAGCAUCGACGACGAUCACGACUUUUCCCGUCGAAUCUUGCAAGUUACCAACCCCGAUCAUCGCUAA